CAGCCAUAUAAACCGUUUGAGGCCAGUGUAUCACUGCCAGUGGCAAGCCUCCCUGAACCAUUCCUCCAUCAAGCCAGUCCCACUGCCACAUCUUCUCAUAUAGGGGGAAAACAAAGAAACCGUCAAGAUGUCUGAAAAAAAAAUGACCUCCAGCCGGAGGCAUCAUCUCAAGAGUUUGAUGCUCGGCAUAGCUAAGGGCUUGCUUGAGAAGGAGGCUGCUCAACUUGAGGUUGACCGUGCUGCCUACAUGGCAGAGAACUGCCCUGACCUGUCCAUGCCUGGCUCAACACAGGAGCUGCAGGAACUGUGCAAAAAACUGCAUUCAAACAUUGACAAGGUUGAUGAGGAGAGAUAUGACCUGGAGGCCAAAGUGGCAAAGUCGGACAAAGAGAUUGAGGAUCUGAAGAUUAAGGUCAUUGACCUGAAGGGCAAGUUCAAGAAGCCAGCUCUGAGGAAGGUGCGCAUGUCCGCCGAUCAGAUGCUUCAGGCUCUGCUGGGCUCCAAGCACAAGGUGUCUCUGGAUCUGAGAGCCAACCUGAAACAAGUGAAGAAGGAGGUCAAGGAGGAGGCGGCAGAUGUUGGUGACUGGCGUAAGAACAUUGAGGACAAGGCCGGUAUGGAUGGCAGGAAGAAGAUGUUUGAGGGCGAGGCCUAAAUUUUUGGACAUUUCUUUGUUUACUCCGGGCUCCCUGCGGGCUGUGUAGUGUCUCUCCCCUUUUUGCAAUAGUUUCAUUGUUUAUGCCGCUGCCAAUGCCUAAUUAGUUGCAUUUGUUUUCUGCAGGAUAUAUAUUGUGAAAAAGAACUUUAUAUGAUUGCAGAGCCACUACCAUUAAAUUAUCUUAAUGAAAACCAUUA